UUUGCUCGCAGCCCGGCAGGAACGCCCAGCAGAGCGGCGCUAACUGGACUUUCCGACGGCUCCCUAUCCCUAGGCUGCGGUAGCUUCGGUAGCUUCGGUUGCUUCGGUUCGGAGCUCGGCGGGAGCGGUGCCCGAGUCUCGGCUCCUCAGGGGAUCGCUCUCUGCAGACCAGUGGGACCCCGCAACUUGAACGCAAUCCCCGGCCCCCUUUUUAUACCUUCCUUUGUCACUUCCCUACCUUUCUUGCAACGAGAUUUUUUCCCUCAUCGCUCUGCCGCCUCCUCAGGACGCAAAAGUGGCUUCCGUGGAAAGAUUUGGAGGCGGUGGGAGCUUUUCUCUUUGGAGAGCGACUGUGUAGAAGCGAUUUUUGGGAAGCAGCUUUUUAUACCUCUGCCCUCCGCCCCCCAAGCCUGUCUGUAUCCCUCUGAAGAGAAAAGCCCGUAUCUAUCUCGAAAGUUCGGGGGGCAUUUUGCUGGGCGUUGUAGGAGGAGAGGGGGAGGACCCCUUCCUCGUCCUGGUAGUUGGCUGGAGUUGUACCGGCCGUUGGAAACCCCGAAGCACAUUUCCGUGUGGGACUUAUGCAGAUUUAUAUUUUUAGAUUUUUAAAUAUCUGAUCAAAAUAGAUAUAUAUGCUCUCUGUAUAUUUCCUGACGACCUGCCCCUGACAGCGCGAUGUACAAUACGGUGUGGAGUAUGGACCGCGAUGACGCAGACUGGAGGGAGGUGAUGAUGCCCUAUUCGACAGAACUGAUAUUUUAUAUUGAAAUGGAUCCUCCAGCUCUUCCACCAAAGCCACCUAAGCCAAUGACUUCAGCAGUUACAAAUGGAACAAAGGAAAGUUCUGCCUCUUCUCUUCAAGAUGCAGAAUGGUACUGGGGCGAUAUUUCAAGGGAGGAGGUAAAUGACAAAUUACGGGACAUGCCAGAUGGUACCUUCUUGGUCCGAGAUGCCUCAACAAAAAUGCAGGGAGAUUAUACCUUGACUUUGAGGAAGGGAGGCAAUAAUAAGUUAAUAAAGAUCUAUCAUCGGGAUGGUAAAUAUGGCUUUUCUGAUCCUCUGACAUUUAAUUCUGUGGUGGAGCUCAUUAAUCACUAUCAUCAUGAAUCCCUUGCUCAGUACAAUCCCAAACUUGAUGUGAAGCUGAUGUACCCAGUAUCCAGAUACCAACAGGAUCAGUUUGUAAAAGAAGAUAACAUUGAUGCAGUAGGUAAAAAACUUCAAGAGUACCAUUCUCAGUAUCAGGAAAAGAGUAAAGAGUAUGACAGACUGUAUGAAGAAUAUACCAGAACAUCCCAGGAAAUACAGAUGAAGAGGACUGCCAUUGAAGCUUUUAAUGAGACAAUUAAAAUAUUUGAGGAACAGUGUCACACACAAGAACAACAUAGUAAAGAAUAUAUUGAACGAUUUCGCAGAGAGGGGAAUGAAAAGGAGAUUGAACGAAUUAUGAUGAAUUAUGACAAACUGAAAUCACGUCUGGGUGAGAUUCAUGAUAGCAAAAUCCGUCUAGAGCAGGAUUUGAAGAAACAAGCCCUGGACAACCGUGAAAUAGAUAAAAAAAUGAAUAGUAUCAAACCUGACUUGAUCCAGCUGCGCAAGAUCCGAGAUCAGCACCUUGUAUGGCUCAAUCACAAAGGAGUGAGACAGAAGCGUCUGAAUGCCUGGUUGGGAAUGAAGAAUGAGGACACUGAUGAGACCUAUUUUAUGAAUGAGGAAGAAGAAAACUUGCCCCAUUAUGAUGAAAAAACCUGGUUUGUUGAGGAUAUCAAUCGAGUACAAGCAGAGGACUUACUUUAUGGGAAACCUGAUGGUGCAUUCUUAAUUCGUGAGAGUAGCAAGAAAGGAUGCUAUGCUUGCUCUGUGGUUGCGGAUGGGGAAGUGAAACACUGUGUGAUCUACAGCACCGCUCGGGGCUACGGCUUUGCAGAACCCUACAACCUUUAUAGCUCGCUGAAGGAGCUGGUGCUUCAUUACCAGCAGACGUCCCUCGUUCAGCACAACGACUCCCUCAACGUCAGGCUUGCCUACCCUGUCCAUGCACAGAUGCCCUCACUCUGCAGAUAAAGAGGGGGUGGGAACAGAGGUGGCUCUCUAGCAUUCUUUUCUACAGUUUUUAUUAGACUAUGAGGGCAUUCUUUCUAUGUAGACUGCUUGUUUUGCACAAGAAGUGAUUCUGUGAAUGUGAAGUGGAGAGGACAAGCAGCAGCCAGUCAUGAUGGGGGCCUAGGGGUCCUGGGGUUCUUUGAGACUCAGCUGUGCUGCUGCAAUGACAUACUAAGCUGGACGCGGAUUUUUUUUUUUUUAAGUUUGUUUUAUUGCGGUCUUCAUUUUAUUUAGCCAAGCACCCUCAACAAAACACAUCAGGCUUGGGGGUUGGGGACAGGUAUAGGAACCCUCUGAAAGGUCCAUAUCCUCUUUUGGUCUUUGACUCAUGAAAGCAGUGCAGGGGUAUGACUCUGUCAAGAGUUCCUUCUUGAUCUGUCAGUCUCUCUUAGGAUUCAUGUGAACCAACAACCCCCCCCCCCCAAGAAGGCUGUUUUAGUUCUGUGGUAGAAUGGAAUUUGGUAAAAAGACAACCAAAGGAAAAUGGGGAGGCUUGGGAUUUCCUUUAAAAGAAUCUAAGCCAAGGGGGAAAAUAUCUUCAGCUGAAGGUACCUUAUUUCUUAUCAACAUAAUUUAGACUUUAGGAGCUUCCCUCUAAAGCAUUAUGUUUAGAAACCAAAUUGAUCCCACCAAAACAAUGUUUGUUGUUGGACUGAUGUCUAAUGGGAGAAGGGUUAGUAGUAUCUGAAUGAACACUUCUAUACCAAAACUUGAAAAUAAAGAAAGACUAGAAUUUGUGAAAUUUUGCAAAUACUAUGAAACUCCUGCCCUGCCCUUGUUUCUCAGAGAUGAGGACUAGUGUUCUUUUUGUGGGGAUGGUGAGCUUUGAAUCAUAAAAUGAAGUUGGUGCUUGUGUGGUGUUUUCUUAGCCUAAAAGAAUGAUCUGUUGUUUGAAACCAUUGUAAUUUGUUUGUAUGAGUAAAGAAAAGGUGCAAUCCAGUGCUUUUAGAUGACUUGAAUAUACCAAAUAAUGAUAUAGAACACUUUUAUAUGUGCUUCCCCAAGUUUAAAGGCCCUGCAGAAACAGUGAACAUGGUUUAAUUUCUCUUCAGCUCCCCCUCCUUUGCUGGGUAGGGCUUAGGCUACUGCAGGAAGGGGGCCAGACUGUGGUCAGGGACCUCAGUAAAUCACAGACCCAGGAGCCCUGGUGUCCAGGGUGAAAGUCUUAUCACAGGAGCACAUUACCCUGUGUGCUUCCAUCCUUUGGUUUCUGAAGCUUUUGCUAGGAGAAGGGAAGAUGGCUUGGAGUUUAAACUGUUAGUGGAACCCAUCUAGGAGCUCUUUGCCGUUUUUUUUUUUUUUUUUUUUUGAUCCUGUUAAGACGAUGUGCAUGUUCUGCCCUCAUGCUCCACUGGCCCUGAUUUUAGGCCGGGAGUCAUCUGGUUCAUGUGGUUUAAGCCUUCUAGCUGAGUGACGCUAGGCAAAUGGAAUAGGGAGGCAGGCAUCUGCUUCUGCCUGCAUUAUGCCCCACUGUCACCAAUGAACACGCAUUUAACAAACAAUCCAGCUGCUCUGAGCCAGGCCUGGAACCAUAAUAGGGUCAGAGUGAGUUAGUUGUUUGAGCCCAAAGCUGUGCAGUCAGGCAUCCUGGCUGAGCUAGAGAAACCAGCAGCUAGAUCUUGGUGCUUAAGGCUUAUGGUUAGGAAAAUUCUCGUUUUGGGGAUGAAAGAAAAAUAAAUACUGCUUUCAUUAGACAAACUUUAGAAAGGACCAUGCUGUAGAAAUAGACAUGAAAUAGAAUUUUUGGAAAAACUUCCAGAGUUAUUAGUGAUGAGGCUGGGAAGGAAAGGGCAUAGCUUUGCUUUUCCUUAGUUAAGUUGCAGUUUCAGGAUUGGGUGAGACAGACAUACAUCCACCCCUCCGUGCCCCCAGCCUUCCAGUGUUACUCUUCUGACUUAAGCCCUUAACUGAUAGCCAGUCAGCAGCACACCUCUUCCUCCAAAUUGCGAGACUGAAAUCUUGCUGGAAGUUUUAUAGGUAAUGCCAGGCUAAUUGCUUCUGGGUACCCCUGGAUGGCCUUGGGCCUGGUGUUGAACCUGCUUAAGCAGUUAGAUGCUCAAGAUUGGAUGCAAGGAAUCCCUCUUCUCUGGCAUUGGCACAAAAUUUUGAUUCUCUGCUGAAUCUCUCUCUUCAAAUAAACUAAAAUGGGAAUAGGAUUUCAUGCCUAUAGUGUUGGACCCUGUGCUUGCACCUUGCCAGGCGGACAUUGGGGAUGAGCAGGAAGAGGAGAACCAUUUUUGGCUUGUGGAGCAGAGCUGCUUUAUUUUUCUGUCCUUCAUUCCUUCAGUUUUUUGUUCUUUCCUGUUUUUCAUUCUUGAGUUUGUUACAUUGUGGGAUCUAAGACCCAGGGAUCAUUUGAGAAGUUGGAAGGUAUCUUUUUUGCCACAUGAUUUACUUGAACCUGAGCCAGUGGAAGUGGCAUAGGGGCCAGACUAGUUACUAGGCCCAGUGUGUGAGGAGAGGGCAUUACAUGGCUCCGUCACUCCACGGUCUUGGGAGCAGGUCUGAGUCUACUUCUGUGUCCUGUCCCAUGAUCUGGACACUAGGACUAUCUCUCUUGUUAUCUUAACCACAGCCCCAUUGAGGCAGAGAGUAAAGACACAAACCAGACCAGACCCCACUGUGGGGUUAGAGCUUGUUGUUAAAGGGAGGGGCUCAGUGUUCUCCUGGCAGGGAAGCCAGCCACCAACAUGGGAGCAGCUUGGGGCUGGCUGGGCACAGGUUACAGGCCCAUCUUUUCUAGUUGAAGCUUUCAUCACAGAACAAUGCUUUGCCUCCACUUGGCCAUAGAUGCCAAACCUUGGCCAUGGCUCAGGCAUGUGCAGGAUGGCUGUGUCCUUAUCACUGCUUUGGUGAAAUUGAGGGCUUCUUAACACUUCUCACCCCCUCCAAGCCUUGGUGUGACCUCCCAUUGCUCCAUGAUCUUUAAACCUCAUUGUACUCUGAAGAAGCUUUGGGAGCCAAUUUGAUGUCUUCCAUGAAUUUCUUUUUCUUGCUGCAAGGAACCAGCCCCAUGGGUCCUCUUGGGCCAAGAAUUGGAUCUUGGCAAUGCCUGGUUUCCAAGGCGGUCUUGGCUGCCAUUUAAGACCCCAGAAUAGGCCUCUGUGAGGCUUCAGUGGCCUCAGAAACCAGAGGGUCCAGGUGGGGGCCUACCUGGGUCCUCUGCUGCCAACUGCUCAGCCUUGCUGUACCUCCAGCCACUUGUGACAAACAACCUUGUUUCCUUACAAAUUCCAGCAUGUGACUGUGGUGCCCUGUUGUUAUUUGUGAAAAACUUAUUCUGUUGUCUUUGAUGUAUAAAAAAAUUCAUGUAGUUUACGUAAAAAUAUCUGAUUUACAAGGAACCCGACUGUACGUCUUGUAUUGGGACAGUUCAUAAAUGUAGUUUCUAGACCACCUUUGCAAAUUGUUCUUGUCACCAUAUGUGUUCAGACAUUGCUGUGCAGUUGUCGGGUAGUGGGCGGGGCGGUGAGGGGAGAUACUUUUUGGUCCUUUUGUUUUUUACCUUUCCCAAGAAGGGACAGUCUGGCCAACUUGCUCCAGUAAUGCAAU